AAAAAAAAGCAAAAAAGAAGAAGAAGCUAACUUCUGCUUUUUGAUGCGUUGGUCACCGUUAGCUAAUAUAUUCGGCCGAGAAAGAAAGAUCAGAACGGACGACGUGUCGCCGGCUGCAAAAUCUCUCCGUCUAAUCGCCGCCGUUCCAUGUCGUCGAUGCUAAACAACAACAGUAUCUCCAUUACUGUCUCUGAUGACGAGCCCGACGAAUUUGCCAACAAGCUUAGGGCACGAGCUCGAAGGAAGAGAAAGAAAAUCGGUCACCGAAGCAAAACCAGUUGCACUCAUAUUAUCUUUAAAAAGCUUCUCCGGUGGUGGCCUGUUCUCCUAUUCUUACUUGCCGCAGCUCUUCUCAUCUUCGAGGCCUCUCGAAUUGGAGGGAAACCUAGUUCGCUUGUUAAAAAACCGGAUCCGGUGACCGGACAAAAGCUUAAUAAGCCUGUUGAGAAGAAACCGCCGGCGAAUUUAAAUCGUCUCGAUCCGGUCACUCAUGUUGUCCAUGGAGUUAGAGAGCCCUGCUUGAAGCUACUACCAGCUGAAGAGCUUGAGCAUCUGGAUUUUCCCAUGGAUAAAGUACCUGCUGAUCCUAUUAAACGGGUGGUAUACAUCACAGAGGCAAAUCCUGCUUAUGUUGAUGAGAAUAUGCCACUUGAGCAACACUCGGAGUCCACAAGAUUUAAUUUAUUCACAGGAAACCAAACUCUCAAGCAAAGGGAUGAAAGUUUUAAGGUGAAAGGAGAGGCUUCUAUCCACUGUGGUUUUUACAGUGAUAAAGGAGGCUUUAGGAUUUCUGUUGAAGAUAGAAAUUAUAUGGAAUCCUGCAAAGCUGUGGUGUCGACUUGUGCAUUUGGUGGUGGAGAUGAUCUCUAUCAACCUAUAGGAAUGUCAGAGUCAUCUCUCAAGAAGGUAUGCUUUGUGGCUUUUUGGGAUGAAAUUACACUUGCAUCACAAGAGGCAGAUGGCCAUAAAGUUGGUGAUGACCAUUAUAUCGGAAAAUGGCGCAUUAUCCUUGUUAAAGAUCUACCUUUCCGAGACCAAAGGUUGAAUGGUAAAAUCCCAAAGAUGCUGGCCCAUCGUCUCUUUCCGAAUGCUAGAUAUUCCAUUUGGGUAGAUUCGAAAUCCCAACUUAGGAGGGAUCCAUUGGGUGUGCUGGAAGCUUUGCUCUGGCAUUCAAACUCUGUGCUAGCAAUCUCAGAACAUGGGGCUCGCAGUAGCGUGUAUGAUGAGGCAAAGGCUGUUGUCAAGAAAAACAAAGCCACCCCGGAGGAAGUGGAGGUGCAGUUAGCUCAGUACCGUCAAGAUGGCCUCCCUGAGGAUAAGAGAUUCAAUGGGAAGAAAGCUCUUGCUGAGGCUUCAAUUAUUGUGAAAGAGCACACACCAUCGACUAAUCUGUUCAUGUGCCUAUGGUUCAAUGAGGUGGUUCGCUUUACAUCCCGUGAUCAGCUGAGUUUUCCAUACAUCCUUUGGCGGUUCAAAGAGUUUAGGAAUAUCAACAUGUUCCCUGUUUGUACACGUAAAGAUCUGGUUAAUAGCAUGGGUCACAUAAGAAAAGCGAAGCCUCUAACAAGUUGAUGUAUAUUCGUUGUUUGCACGAGAAAGGUAGCCGAAACAAGAAUGCUCAGGUCUUUCUCCAAGGUUCGAGCAUAUUGCUUCCUCUAUUAUGUGUGUUGAUGACAUUGGAUUGAGAGAUCGGAUAGGAUAAGCAUAUUCCUAUUUAUUCUUCAGAAUUCAAAGGGCAAUGUUUUUGAAGCCCUGAAGGGAUAGGGAGAGGCCGAGGGGGUUUCAUCAAUGGGAAGAAGAGGAGAGCAGCGAGUAUGUUGUGUAUUUAAACAGUGUGGAAGGUCUUUUAUUGAUUUAUAAUUCUUUUAUCAUCUCUUUUGAACAAAGUGGCGUUGUUUGGAAGGUUUUUUUUUUAUCAAUUUAUUA